AUGGGAUAAGAAUAAUCUGUAACAAUUUAAUUAUAAUAUUAGAAUUUACCAUCAAAUAAUCUGGUUGUAUAAUUGCAUAUGCAAAAUUAUGAAAAGUUGACAAAGUUGAUAGAAUAGAAAUUAUCUGAUUAAACAUUUACAAUAGAUAAAAGAAUUAAUCAAGUAUAAAAAUGGAUAACUUAAUUAGAUGGAUGAUACUCUUCUCCACUAUGCAGCAUUUAAAAGAGAUAAAAAAUUAGUAUAAUUUCUACUAUCAAAAGGAGCUUCAACUAAUUGCAAAAAUUCGGUAUUUUAAUAUUUUUCAUUUUAAAGAGAAAUCUUACCCCUUGGGAUGUUACUGAUGAUUAAGAAAUUAAAUUAUUGUUAGAGAGUAAAUGAG